GCCACCGAGCGUGACGGACGUGUGCUUCAUGGGCUCCCAAGGAGCGGCUUUAGCGGCCCAGCCGGGUCGCGGUAUCAGGAGCACUGAAAUGCCUGCCCAGGAUUAUGAAAUGGUUGUUCCCCAUCUGCCAUCAGGUUCGAGUGUUUUGAACACAGUAUUUUUGCAUGGUGAUGUCACCGCCAGGCCAUAUCGCGUCGAGCAUUUUCGCGACGCCCUAGCGCGUCUGUCAUUGCUGCCGGAUGUGGUUGCCCUUGGGGCAUAUCAGAUGAACCACCUGUGGGCCGUUACUUUCAACAGCGAAGGAGCGAAGGCAAAGAUUCUGCAGGCCGAAGCUUUCAAUGUAAAAGACCACCGCUGCGUGGUUAUUGACCCGACCAACCGAGGUGUCAGGCUGAAGCUGUUUUGGCUGCUCCACGGUGUGCAAGACGACGACGUGCGAGUGGCAUUAGCAGCGUUCGGAAAAGUGACUGAAAUAACCCGCGAUAAAUGGAGGGUUAAAGGCUGCGUUGACAAGGCUUCAACAACACGGUCGGUUACACUGAAACUGAAGGUGGGUGUUACCAUCGAGGACUUGCCCCAUCAGUUGCGUGUUGGUGAGGACGUUGCUCUCGUCCAUGUUCCUGGCAGGGCUCCGCUCUGCCUUCGGUGCCGUGGAAAAGGACAUAUACGCCGUGAGUGUCGGGUGCCACGCUGCGGGCUAUGCCGGCGUUUCGGCCACGAUGAGAGCCAGUGCGUGCGUAGCUACGCUAAUGUUACGGGCCAGGCACGAAAUGAUGAAGUGGCCGAACACAUCAUGGAUGAAGCAGACGCGGUUGAAGCAACCCACGGAAGUGAGGGAGAUGAUGCCACCAAGGAGUCAACAUCCAAGGAAACCGCACCCGCACCCCUUGCAGAUACCAGCCAAGCCGGUAAGGACCAAACCCAGCCGGCCGUCGCAUCAAAGCCAGCGUUCCUUCCGGAAAAAGCGGAUAGCGUGACAGCUGUAAGCCUGGUUACGACUGGGCAGCAGGGCGACAACCAGGAAGACGCCGAUACCGAGAUGCCCGCCGCGUCAAGUGUAGCAGUGAAGCGGGCUCACGAGGAUUCGGAUAUUCAGGAACCGAGAUUGGUCGGUGAACGCGGCGAGGAGCCUCCGCCGAAGGCACCUUCAACGCGCCGCGGACCGUUCAAGCCCAAACCGAAAUUGCCACCGGAACGCAGUACUGCGUCUGCUCUCCCUCCGCCUUAGCGGAGGCUACCUUUGCCACAACGGUUGAAGCCCGGUCUUUGAUCGGGUCUGUGGACACGAUCACCGAAGUAUACGGACUGCAGGAGCAGAUUGAAGUGACAAGUCCAAAAAGAAAACCUUGGAGCCCUUGUUCAAAACUGUCCAGAAGUCCGAACACUGAAAGCUUGGCAAGGCCUUCAGCAAGUCCGUAAAGCUACCAACCAGAUUUUUGGCGUCCUCUUCUGCUUGGGUUUGCUGAGAAAGCAUUAUUGCUUUUUGCAAAUAUGUGGCUUCCAAGCGCGCUCUUUUGGCAGCCAGCGCUUCUCGAACGCACACUUGCGGACGCGAUAAAUAGGCAGGGCAAUUGGGAAACAAGCUCAGAACUGCAGUUUUCUUCAGACGGAUGUUUUUCAUGGCAACUUCGACCACUUUUCCUGUCUUGACGUCCGCGUAAGAUGUCGUCUUCAAGUAAUCCGAUGGCAAGAAAUGCUUUUCACA